UCGCCCACCCCUCCAAAAAUAUCCCAAAAGAUGCCAGCUCUCUUCUCCCCCUAACCCCCCUCACACACUCCUUGGGGGCCUUACGUUUUGGGUUUUAGAUUUGGUUCCUGUAAAUCUGCUAUCUUUAUUUUACUGUUAAUUUUUUCUCACCAACAAACUGGAGAAACUUUCACUAAGAGUCAGUAUAUAUGGCUUUAAAACAUGUUAUCUAAUGUAUCCCUGGUCACUAAAGUUACUGUAGGACUACUAUACAGUUACUAAAGCUACUAAUUUACACAUAUAGACAGAUACACAGAUACUGGUGGUUACUUUUCAGCUUCAGAGCCAUGAAUCUGGGAAACUAUUGGUUGAUUAACAGAUUAGGUAAAUUAAAUAAAACUACUGACCAACAGCAAGCAAAAUAGUUUGACAAAAAUAUAUAAAUAAUCAAUAUUUUUGACUUUUUACAGACUUAACUACUGAACAAUUAAUCCUGAAAUUUGUAAAAUGCAUAAUCCAACAAAUGUUUUGUAUUUUAGCCUGAUGCUGACCAUUAGUUUUCUUUCAGCUGACUAAUAAAUAAAUAAAGUUUUCGAAUUUAUGGUUCUGCUAUCUGGUAUAUGCUUAUUAUAUAUUUAAAGAAGAAAGGGAAAUACUGUGUUUUUAUUUAAAUAAUCCAAGACAACCAAGUGAAACAGUAAACAGGCUGUUUAAAAAACAUUAAACUCUCAUCUUACUUUUAAGACCACGGAAUACUGUAUUUUUCUUGAAAGCAGGCAUUCUGUUUUAAGUUAAGUUGUAGGCCCACUACAGCUAAUUCAGCGUUUUCACUGACGUCAGACGAACAGGUCUUCCUGCGUGCAACGUCAGCUGCGUGGUGACGUAGGUCCGUCUUUCACAAUUAUUUCUUUUAAUGAAUUUUUCAGGUUUGUUCCUGUUUAAAAGGGAAUAAAUUAAUCUCAGAUGUACGUAUUGAAGCUGAGUUAUUUGACAUUAUUUUUAAACGUCUGUAAAACGCCUGUGUCCCGCCGUAGCGGACACAAAAAACUAACGGAACCUCUUCUUUUUUUCCUGUGUUCAGUCAGGAUGAAGUAGUUUCCGGGCGACAGGGUACCAGCAGUAAACAUGGCGGAGGAACUGCUGGAAACAGUGGACAGACUUCAGUCCCGGCUACUGGAGAACCCGGAGCCCCGAAAGCUAUUAAAGACCCUCAAACGACUGGGGGAACUUCCCAUGACUGUGGAUAUACUGGUGGAAACUGGCGUGGGGAAAACUGUGAACUCUUUCAGGAAACAUGAAGUAGCUGGAGAGGUAGUGAAAAGCCUCGUAGCCAAAUGGAAGAAACUGGUUCCUCAGUCUGCAGACAGACCCAACAGCCACGCCAAAGAGGCCUCCCGGUCACACACACACUCUCGAGGUCCAGAGGCUGGUGUUGGAGGAGGCGACAGACACACCCGGGAGCCCUCCCCCGAGGAGGAGCCCUCCUACAUGGAAGAGGAGGAGGAAGAGGAGAUGGAGGAGAGAGGCUACCACACCAACUACUCGCCCUCGCCUCCUCAACACGAGCAUUACAGCCCCCCACAGCGAGGAGGAUACCAGUCAGACGAGUACGAGAGCCCUGAGCCUGAGCCCGAACCCGAGCCCGAACCCGAGCCCGAGCCCGAGCCCGAGCCCAGUCCUCCUCCUCCUCCUCCUCGCAAAGAAGUCCGCCACACCAAACCAAACAGAGAGCCCAGCAAGAACCAUCACCACAGUGAGCGGAACAGGGACCGGGACGAGGAACGACGGCAACGCCACGCACAGACGAGCAGCGAUCGAGGAGGAGGAGGAGGAAGAGAGGGCAGUGAAGGAAAGAGACGUGCUGCAGACAGAGAAAGACAACAGAGCCCGGUACAGAAACCUGCCAAACACAGCAGGAAGUCCAACAUACAAGAGAGCAAGAGGGAAGAGAAGAAGAGAGGAGGAGAUGAUGGGCGACCACGAGCGCUGAAGGACUCUCCAUCCAAGGAGGAGGAAGAGGACUUUGAGACCCCCACCAUGUCCUUUGAGUCCUUCCUCACGUAUGACGCCCCAACAUCUGUAAAGAAGAAGAAGAAGCCAUCGUCGUCGUCCUCGUCAUCACACAGUCGGCCGUCUCACUCAUCAUCCUCCAUGUCGUCUUCCCAUCAUACACGCACCCCUCCGCCGCCUGUGACCUCCUCCUCCUCCUCCUCAUCUUCCUCCAAAGUGAGCAAGGCGAAUGGCACUCAGAGCACCAAGAGGCCACAUUCAAGCUCCAGUUCAUCGGCUACUGCACCAACACCGGAAAAACGCAAGAGGGUGGUUGAGGCCGUUCCAACUCUGCCUGAAAUCCCUCUGCCAGCCAUUCAACCCAAUUACAGACCUCUGCCCUCCAUCGAUGUCACACCGCUGUCCCCACAGAGACGUAAAGUUCCUGUCUACAACGACGAGGAGGACGCCGGGUUCACAGGGAAGCGGUUCAACUCCAAGAUGGUGGUCUACUCAGGAUCCAAGACCGCUUACUUGCCCAAAAUGAUGACCCUGUACGAGCAGUGCAUCCGCGUGCUGCAGAACAACAUUGAUUCCAUUGCUGAGGUGGGGGGCGUUCCGUUUGACAUCCUGGAACCGGUUCUGGAGCGAUGCACGCCAGAGCAGCUGUACCGCAUUGAGCAGAGCAACCAGUGUUUUACGGAGGACUCUGAUGAGCUGUGGAUGCGUCACUGUCACCGGGACUUCAAGCGUGAGUCUCCGCAGGAGUACGAGUCGUGGAGGGAAAUGUACCUGAGGCUGCACGACGAGCGUGAGGAGCGACUGAGGUUGCUCACGCAGAACAUCACCUCGGCCCACGCCAACAAACCCAAAGGACGGCAGGUGAAGAUGGCGUAUGUAAAUUCUGCCGCCAAGCCGCCGCGUGACGUCCGCCGCCGUCAGGAGAGGUUCGGCACCACCAGUGGUCUGUCCACAGCCGCCUCCAACGCAGCCGCAGCUCCCAUUAAAAUAAGACCAGCUAACACAGAGUAUUCUGGGGAAUCCAGUCGCUCCUCUUCCUCUCAACACAACACUCCUCCCAGCUCGUCCCGCUCUUCAGCACCGAGUGGAGGAGGAGGAGGAGCAGCAGCAGCAGGAGGAGGAGGAGGAGGAGGAGGAGGACACGUCGCCCGGGACAAGCCACAGGUCAAAAAAAUCGCCCCCAUGAUGGCCAAAACUAUCAAAGCGUUCAAGAACAGAUUCUCCCGCCGAUAGUGUGAAAGAGAUUGAAUGUAUUUUAUGAAUUCCAACUGUGUUUUUAAUUUAAGUUUGGUAAAAUUUUACUGCACACACACACACAAACAUACACACACACACACACAUACAGACCAUGAUCUUUACCCACCAAACAUAUCAUAUGAACUUAACAGUAUUGGUGGAAAAAUGGUUGUUUUAUUUUUUUUUUUGUUUUUUUUUUUAUUUAAGUGGUGGCAUCUGUUUUUGGGGAUCUUCAAAUAAGUAUUUAAAUCAUGAAUGACAGUCAAAGGGUCUGACGUCUGUUUUAAGAUAAUUGAGUCGCCAACUUUUUAUAGGAUGCAAAAGGACACAAACACAAAGUCUGUUACUUUUUCUUGUUUUUUUUUGUUUUUUUUUUAAAGAUUAGCCAGUUAGCUUAGCAUGAAGAGUGGAAAUGGGGACAACAGCUCGCCUGGCUCUGUCCAAAGUAGAAAAAGAUCUGGCUACCAGCAGAUAAAGCUCAGCUAUUUACACGUCAUGUCAUCUCAUAUAUUAAGUGGUUGUUGAUAUUAACGUAAUUCAGUCUUGUCAAUAUUGAGAUGCUGCAUAUUUUUGUUCAAUUUAACAAGCACAGCAGGGUCACAGUUUCUCAUCACCUGUGUCAGGAGUCCGCAUCUUCAUUCUGCUGCGCUCCUGUUCACCUGAUGGAUUUUUUUGGUAUUAUUCAAUCUUUAAGGAUUAUUUAAGAAAUUUUAACUCCCUGGUACAGCUCAUCAGAAAUUGUUUGACCCUUCUGUGCCUGGAAAUUUAACUAAAUUAAUCUAAAUAAUGUCAGGUACUUUCUCUUUCUUUCGCCUUUUUUAAAGAAUUAAUAACGUGAAUAGAAACAACCACUUAUAUGAAGUAGCAUCCGUUGAGCAGCGCCACCUACAAUCACAUUUUACAGGAUGUGGUGUAGCUAGCUGUUUUCCAGUCUUUAUGCUAAGCUAAGCUAACCAGCUGCUGGUUGUAGCUUCAUAUUCAUGGUGCAGACAUGAGAGCAGUCUCUAUCCUCUCAUCUAACUCUCGACAAGAAAGGAAUAAGCGUUCGUCAAACUUUUACUUUCAUGGGAGGAAAGCAAAUACUCAAUCUUUGAAUUUAAAGAUUAGUCCUUUGUUACUUUUCUUUAUGGCCAAAUGAAACACUACACUAGAAAAAACCUUUACACACUCUUGUUUUGUCUUUUAAUUGCAUGCAUGGUGCACGUCAGCUGCAACAUUAAGACUCCACCUGAGACAUCGACGGGCUGGUGAAAGACUCUGCUUUUUAAAAACAAACACGUGCAUAUUUAAACAUGUUUUGGUGCAUUUCUCAAUGUGUAGGUCUAAAGUUAUAUCUAUGAACUACACACACACACACACACACACACGCACAAACACGCACACACAUGCACACACAGAAAAACACAUUCUAGACUUAUUUUAAACCUCCUGUGGCUUCAGACCAUGUUUUCCUGCUGUCGAAUGUGUGCGUCUCUCUUUCUAUCUGCUUCACUGUGACAAAUGUGCUCGAGUGACGGCUGAAAAGAUGAAGAAGAAGAAGAAAAACAACAAUAAGGAAAUAAAUUGGUAGGACGUCUGCAGCUUCAGUCUACAAUGAUGAUGAUGAGAUGUAUUUAUUUUCAACACUGGGACCUGGCACCCCACAACAUGGGCCCGAAAGGAAGUAGAUUAAAAAUUGUAAUUUUAUUAGAUUUUAAUAAAUGUUAUAUGGUCAUUUUUAUUAAAAUUGACUUUUUGCCCUUGAACUGUCCCCAUAUCUUCUUUUAAAUGCAAAUACCAAUGAGUGUCACCUUGUAUAUGUGAAUUUUCUUCAUAAAUGACUUGACAAAAUAAAAAAAACUUGCAGAGGAGGUGCAUUCACAUGGACAAA